GACCAGCUUUGCUCGCUUUUAGGCACCGAUGUUCCCGUAUGCGAGCUGUUCAGUUCAUGAGAAAAGGAAAGGGAAAAUGACUGAAACCAGGCAGCCCUCAGGCAGCAAGCCCCAUGCGUCACCUUCUCAUGCAUGCCUCCCUCCUCCAAAUGCUGCAGGCCAAGAGCAAUGGAAUACAGGACUUAGUCACUUACUGUAGCUAUUCCAGUAAGAUAGAUCACUUGUAUAUGCCUCUCAAAAACACUCUCUGGGACUCUGCCUCCUGAAGUUGCACAAAUCUGGGUCAGCACAAUGCCAGACCUUCUCUGCUCAUUGGUUCAUCUGCCAGACAUUGAGCCCUUCUUGAGGUCUCUCAGACUGCAAACAAUCUUUCUUCGGCGACCUAAUCCAUGGGAGAAGGAGAAGGUGCGGGGCUUUGUGAAAGGGAACUGGAGCAGCAAUUGGGCGCAGGAAGUGGACGUUGCUUUCUCGAAGCAGCCCAUCUCAUGCUUCAUUGCAACCAAAGAGGACGACAUUGUUGGCUUCUCUGCGUAUGAGUGCACACGGAGAGGCUUCUUCGGCCCAAUGGGCGUCUUACCAGAGCACCGGAAGAAGGGGAUUGGCACGGCGCUCCUGCUGGCCGGCCUGAUGGGCCUCCAAGACCUGGGGUACGUCUAUGGCAUCAUCGGCGCUGCAGGACCGGUCGACUUCUACCACCGGACGUGCGGUGCUGUGCCGAUUACUCUGAACAACGGACGAGGGAUAUACGGGCUGAAGGAGGAGCCUCGCUUCAUGCGGCAGUCCAAGAAGGAUACACGUACAGAGUGACUGUUCACGACGAGCACAGACUUGACACGACAGACUCUUAGCAUGUACAUUCCCCUCUUGCAUGGAGCAAUCUGGAAGGCGUUGCUGGUGCUCAUGUACUAGUAAGGUGUCAAACUCCUUAAAAGGAGUAUGUCAAACCUGGGCGAACAAACACAAGACGCCAUUUGGCAUUGCGUGGGUUAUCGUGUUUGACUUAACCAGCAACCCUUGAUGUUGUGCCAAUAGCCUCUGCUCGAGCCGGGCUAGAACACGUGGGCAACAUGAGGACAUUGAGGAGCUAGGUUACUUCUCAUAGCGAAAGUACUUUGCCGCCUCCUUAUUUCAGAUUGUCGUUCCAACACGGAAACACUUACAUGCAGAUCAUGCAACCUUCUCGCCG